AUGAGUGCAAUUACUUGGGCAUCAUUUAUUUCUGGAUACUGUAAAAUGGGGUGUGAAAUUGAGAGUUUUGAGCUGUUUUGGCAAAUGCUAUGCGAGGGGCACAAGCCCAGUAAGUUUGUGUUGGGAAAUGUGCUUAGAAUGUGCUCUAUUAAGGGUCUACUUUCAAGAGGUGAACAAACUCAUGGUUAUGCUAUUAAGACACAAUUUGACAGGGAUGUCUUUAUUGUUACUGGGCUAAUUGACAUGUACGUGAAAUGUUUUCAUGUUCUUGAAGCUGAAUUUCUUUUUAAAAGGAUGACUAGUGGGAAAAAUCAUGUUACUUGGACUGCUAUGAUUAAUGGUUAUUCACUAAAUAGUGACGUUGACAAAGCAAUUCAGUGCUUUAGAGGUAUGAGGGCUGAAGGGGUAGAGGCCAACCAGUAUACAUUCCCAGCAGUGUUGACAGCUUGUGGAUCUGUUUCUGAUCUUAUGUUUGGGGUGCAGGUGCAUAGUUGUGUUGUUCGUGGUGGUUUUGGUGAUAACGUGUUUGUUCAAAGUGCGUUGGUCAAUAUGUAUGCCAAGUGUGGGGACUUGAAAAGUGCCAGGAAAGUAUUAGAGUCAAGGGAGGUUGUUGAUAUGAUUUCAUGGAAUGCCAUGAUAGUUGGGUGUGUGAGACAAGGUUCCUUAGAGGAUGCAUUGUCAUUAUUUCGUACAAUGCAUGCAAAACUUAUGGAAUUUGAUGAGUUCACAUACCCCUCCAUCCUCAAUGCUCUUGCUUCCAAGAAAGAUGUAAUAAAUGGGAAAUCCGUCCACUCCUUGAUCUUCAAAACUGGAUUUGAGAAUUGCAAAAUUGAGCACCGAUUCGGAUAUAUAAGAACCUUCGGAAGGAACGUGUUCUUGUGGGGAUUACUGGUAGGAAGUGCAUCCUCUUACUUGUUUGAACUGAAUCUCCCUUUAAGAAGCAUGAGGUUUGAUAAGCUAUUUUCUGCAAGUGGAUGGUUGAUAUUGGUGUCAAUGUUUUUGAUAGCCAUGUUUUCAUGA